CUCCUCUGCCUCUUACACAAACAGCAGUCGCGGACGGGGAGAGUAAAUAGAGAAAGCCCCAAGAUGGCGGAGUCAGUGAGCUUCAUUCACUUCGCAGCAGCGGAUAAAAGCCCGCUCCCAAAACCCAAGGAACCCAAAGGAACGUCGGAGAGUCGACCGCAGUCUUCCCGGGACCACCAUCCUCCACCACCCAAGAAAGUCCGAAACGAGGAGAAGAGCCUUAAACCCAAGAAACUGAAUGGAGAAGGCGGAGGAGGGGGAGGAGGCGGCGCAGUGGAGAAGCAGCACCAGAAGCAGAGUUAUGGCAGCCCGACAACAUGGGGCUUCAGUCCCAUUAAGGCAAACAACCCUGCAGCGCCAGUCCAGGCACCUCUCCACAAGGUCUUCAAGCAAAGCGAUUUCCUCGCCUCCCCCUCGAAGUCUAAGAAACCCAAGGAGAAACGGGAAAAGGAAAAGAAGAAACACAAACCGUCUCCUGCAAGUAACGUUAACAGUCUUAUCAGUUCUGGACUGAAGAAGGAAAAUGGGGACGUGGAGUUGGUGCAGAAAGACCACAACAAGGACAAAGAGAAGGAGAAGGAGAAGGAGAAGGAGAAGGAGAAGGAGAAGGAGAAGGAGAAGGAGAAAGAGAAGGAAAAGGAGAAGGAGAAGAAAAAGGAAAAAGACAAAGACAAAGAGAAGGACAAAGAAAAGGAGAAGGAGAAGGAGAAGAAGAAACACAAAGCGAUGAAUGAAAUUAAGAGAGAGAAUGGAGAGGUGAAACUACCCCUGAAAGGCUACGUGGGCCGCAUUGUGUAG